UUGCCGAUAGCUUUGAAAUGAACGGUUUCGGGACUUUCACAAGUAACUCAGAGGGAUCCAACUCGUCAUCUCACUCCGACGAAGAAGCGAUCCAAUUAGCGUCGGAGAAACCGAAGAAGCGAGCCGGACGCAGGGUGUUUAAGGAGACAAGGCAUCCUGUGUACCGAGGAGUGCGGCGCAGGGACAAGGACAAAUGGGUCUGCGAGGUUCGUGUUCCUAAUAACAACAAAUUAAGGAUCUGGCUCGGAACUCAUUCCACUCCUGAGAAAGCAGCCAGAGCCCAUGACGUUGCUGCUCUCGCACUUCGUGGUAAGUCGGCUUGUCUCAAUUUCGCAGACUCCGCGUGGCAGCUUCCGGUGCCGGCGUCCACAGAUCCCGAUGAGAUACGGCGAGUGGCGAUGGAGGCGGUGGAGGCCUUUGACGACGACAACGAGAACCAGCACGGCGAAGUGUGUAGCAGUAUGGGGACAGUGAUGGGAUCAGAAGCUCACACUGGGAUGAGCAUGGAAUUAGGAAGGCAUGUGAAUGGAGUUGAAGUUGGGGUUUCAGCGUUUGAAGAUCAGAUUUUGUUUAGCAUGGCGGAUGAGCCGUUGAGAUCUCCGCCGGCGGCUUACUCUCUGGGAACAACCGGGUGGGACUGGAGGGAGGAAUUAGGGGACCACGUGGAUAAUGAGGUCUCACUUUGGAGCUUUAGCAUUUGAUUGAUCUGAAGUGAGAUGUACUAUGGUCUUGGCUUUUCUAGUACUACUGUGUAUGAUGUUCAGUGUAUUUUUACUAUUUUAGGCAAGCUUGUACACAACAGAAAAAGGGAAAAGGGGGUUAUGUGUCGGUCUUCCCAAACACUCUUUCCAUUUUGAGUCUUAAUUUGAGCACAGUGAAGCGAGCAAAACUACAGUGACUUCUUCCCGCUGUGUUUUUUUGGCUGGCAAGGAAGA